UGGGCUGGAGGCAGAGCGUCUCCCCUGCAGCCGCCAACAUGGAGAGUUUGUACCGAGUCCCAUUCUUAGUGCUCGAAUGCCCCAACCUGAAGCUGAAGAAGCCGCCCUGGGUGCACAUGCCGUCGGCCAUGACGAUGUACGCUCUGGUGGUGGUGUCUUACUUCCUCAUCACCGGAGGAAUCAUUUAUGAUGUUAUUGUUGAACCUCCAAGUGUCGGCUCCAUGACUGAUGAACACGGGCAUCAGAGACCAGUAGCUUUCUUGGCCUACAGAGUAAAUGGACAGUAUAUUAUGGAAGGACUCGCAUCCAGCUUCCUGUUUACAAUGGGAGGUUUAGGUUUCAUAAUCCUGGACCGAUCCAAUGCACCCAACAUUCCCAAACUCAAUAGAUUUCUCCUUCUAUUCAUUGGAUUCGUCUGUGUCCUACUGAGUUUUUUCAUGGCUAGAGUAUUCAUGAGGAUGAAGCUGCCGGGCUAUCUGAUGGGUUAGAGUGCCUUUUGAGAAGAAAUCGGUGGAUACUGAAUUUGCUCCUGUUAAUGAAAUUUUAAAGGCUGUACUCUGAUAUGAAAUAUGGAAAAGGAUGAAAAGCAGCAGAAAAGAAACAUCUGGUGAAAACACAGGAAGCGUAUUAUAGCUUGGACUAGAAUGUCAUCUUGGUAUCAAAGAGACAAGCUUAUCAGUAUUUUUUCCUGCUGGCCUAUACUGGCGUACCAACGAUAUUAAGUGGCAUUUUCUUCUUCGUUUUUUCAUUUCUUAAAGAAAAUAUACUUCAUUUCUACAACUACAAUAUUGAAUAAAGUGAUUAUUUUUUACA